GGCCCCGCGGCGCAAGCGCCCGCGGCGGCCGCCGGCCCCCGCCCCCGGCGCCUGGAGCCCCUGGGCGCGCUCUGCGCGCUGCCGGAGCCGACGGACCUGCAGUCCGAGGUCGAGCUGCUCUACUCCACCGGCCGGCGGCUACAGCACGCCCGCGUCGUGCGGCUGCUGGAGGCGAGGGCCGACAUCAACGCCGAGCUGCAGCACGCGCGGGCGAGGUCCACUCUGCUGGGCCACGUCGCCAGGCGCACCGUGCUGCUCGGGGAGGAGCCGGACACCUCGCUGGUGGCCCGCCUGCUGCGGCUGCGGGCGGACCCGAACCGCCGCGUGUUCGAGCACGAAGCGGGCGCGGACCCCUCG